AUGGCUCUUCCCCUUAAUUUCUUCCACAGUACACUCAUAGUGCCCAUAACCCUCUUCUCUCUCCUCCUCCUCCUCCCGGCCUCAUCAGCCCUCCACAAAACUUACAUCGUCCACGUGAAGAAGAUGAAUCCAAGCUCGGCCGGCGUUGCCGAAACCGAGGACAUCAUCAGGAGCUACCACAAGUCAUUUCUUCCCACGGGAGCCAAAGACUCCCUGAUCCACUCGUACAAGCACGUCGUCAGUGGCUUCUCAGCAAGGCUAACUCGUGAACAAGUCGAACUCAUCAAGGACACGGAAGGCUUUAUCUCAAUCCUCCCAGAUGGUGCAUCCCAGCCGCACACGACCCGUUCCCCGGGAUUCCUCGGGCUGAACCAGAACAGCGGAGCCUGGCCACAGACGGGGCUCGGGAAGGGAGUCAUUGUCGGGCUCCUCGACACCGGGAUAACCCCAGGCCACCCCUCGUUCUGUGAUGCCGGCAUGCCUCCCCCGCGUGCCACCUGGAAGGGGCAGUGCGACCUCCCUCACAAGUUGAAGUCGAGGUGCAACAACAAACUCAUAGGCGCGCGGGUGUUCCAAGCAGGCAAUGCCUCUGCCUCGCCGGUGGACACGAGAGGGCACGGGACCCACACGGCCAGCACAGCCGUCGGCGCGUUCGUACCCAGCGUCAGCAUCCAAGGUGUCGCCGCCGGAACAGCGUCCGGGGUGGCCCCACACGCUCACCUCGCGACAUACAAAGUCUGCUUUGAUGUCUGCACAGAUAGCGACGUUCUAGCCGGUAUCGAUGCCGCGAUUGAGGAUGGGGUGGACGUGUUGUCCGCGUCCUUGGCCUUUUGGCCCAGACCAUAUUACGAAGACAGUGUAAUGAAAGGCGGUUUUGAGGCGGCCAAGAAAGGAAUCCUCAUGGUCGUGUCGGCGGGGAACUACGGUCCUGCUCCCUGGAUAGUGGUCAACGACGCGCCCUGGCUUCUCACAGUGGGGUCAAGCACGAUCGACAGAAGGAUUCGGGCCUUGGCAAAGUUGGGAAACGGAAUGACGUUCGACGGGGAGUCUGUGUUCCAGCCCAAAAACUUCUCUUCUCAAAAGUUGUGGCCCCUCGUGUACUACACCAGCUCCGGUGGGAGACAACAAUGCUACAAUGGGUCGCUGGCGGGGUUCGAUGUGAGGAAUAAGAUUGUGCUGUGCGACAUUGAUGUAGUUAUAUACACACCCAAUCUCGUCACUGCGUUAAUAGACCCGGUGAAUCAAGCCCGGGAAGUUAAGGAUGCCGGUGGUGCCGCCAUGAUACUGGCCAACGACGAACUCGCUGCGUUUAGCCACUAUACUGAAUUCCUCGACUUACCAUCCACAACAGUGUCCUUUAUCGCAGGCCAAAAAAUCAAGGCCUACAUAAAGGCGACAUCCUCCCCAAAGGCAACAAUCUUGUUCGAGGGGACGGAGCUAGGGUACCCGAUUUCUCCCACCAUCAGUUAUUUCUCGUCCAGAGGGCCCAGCAACGAAGCUCCCGGAGUUUUGAAACCGGACAUUGUUGCGCCGGGGGAAAUGAUUCUUGCCGGGUGGUCUCCUCUGGACCCGGAUAAUUUCGGGAACAUAUUCAAAAUCGAUUCAGGUACGUCGAUGGCGUGUCCUCACAUCAGUGGGGUUGUGGCCCUUCUCAAGAGCGCCCACCCGGACUGGUCGCCGGCGGCCCUGAAAUCUGCUAUCAUGACCACUGCAGACCUUGUCAAUGCCCACGGCAUACCGAUUCUCGAUGAAAAACUUACUCCGGCCAAUAUCUACGCGGCGGGGGCCGGCCACGUCAACCCCAACAGGGCGUUGGAUCCCGGUCUGGUCUACGACAUUGCGAUGGAUGAGUACGUCCCGUUUUUGUGCGGCUUGGGAUACACGGAGGACCAAGUCGAGAUGAUCACGCAGGAGCCGGCCGAUUGCUCGUACAAAAUCCCUCAGUGGCAGCUGAACUACCCCACGUUCUCGGUUUCGCUUGGCCCGCUCCAGACUUUCUCCCGGACCGUCACCAACGUGGGCGAGCCUGUCUCGUGUUACUCCGUCAGGAUUUCCGAGCCCCCGGGUGUGAAUAUUGUCGUGAGGCCAUCGAGGAUGUGUUUCACAAGGUUGAAGCAGAAGGCGACGUACCACGUGAUGUUUCACCGCAGUAAGAACAUGAUCGAUUGCGGGAAUAAUGAAUCUGUUGCACAAGGCUUCUUGCUCUGGGAAUCAGGGAAGUACACAGUCAGGAGUGUCAUAGCAAUCAACAUCACUGGACAACACUUCUAA